AUGACCACGCCAGAUGUCUUUCGAGAUGCGCAGUACAUCGCCGACGUCUCGAACAUUCCCUAUGACCCCCGCAAUGACGACGGAGACAGAGAUCGGCCCGGGGUGUCGGGGAGGUCCUACCGGAGGGCUGUUUAUGCAAACUCGAAGAUGGUCAUGCUCGAGAGGCUGUUGCGCGACCUGGAUAUGUUGAUCUAUUGCGAGCUGUCUGCAGUUUAUUAUAUGGACUGCUCAAUCUUCCAUUUCGCUAUCCGCGCCAUAGUCCAAUUCAUCUUUUUCACGCCCAAGGCCGGGCCAUUAUCCGAAUCAUCAACGAAUGAGCCUCCCAUCGUAACUGUUUUCGCGAGCAAUAUAUUGUGCAUAUUCCUCCACUACGUAUCAUCUACUCCUGCGGCUGGCGAGGUGUCUCGAGGCUAUCUACAUGGUGGCUUAUUUGUUGACUUCAUCGGGCAAAAAGGUCCCAUUUCUAAAUUCCAUUUAUUCCUCCUCGACAUGCUCAUUCUCUCGAUGCAACUUGUCAUGCUUUGUGUCAUUCUGGAGAAGGAAAAAACGAAACUACUUGCGACGCCAACAGAUGCGGCAAGCCGUCCUCCAAAUCUACAAGACCACGAUUCCGAAGAACGAGGUGUCGCUCCCGAUCACCUAGCAGGAAUGAACGAUCAAGCCACUACAGACCAUAUGGAAAUGCAGGACCUGUCAUCCCCCGGACGAGCUUCGGCGGAUGAUAGCAAUGCUAGGCUGUUUGAAUUCGAGGAUGGAAGUGGAAAUCCCAUGCUGACCAGGGACAGACAUCCUCGGGACCAUUUCCUAUCAGCACAGACGGCCAUUGCGGAUAUAAAUAUCCUUCAAACCAUUCGGGAUCAGUGGCACAAUGUCUCGCCAACGAACUCUAGUCGAUCAACUGGUUCUCAACCCACUUCAUCGACUCAGAACGGCAUAGUGGUACCCUUCCUGCAACGACGCUUUCGAUUUCAGCUGCGCGCUAUUUCGUGA